AAAUAUUUAGUCAGUAAUAAAAUUAAAUUAAAAGAACUACUCAGCUUUAAUGAAAUUGUUCACGUCGACUACCGGCUUCAGUUCGACGAGUCAAAGGAUUUCGCACAUUUUUAAAAAUGUUAGGGAUGUUGCGAGUUCUUUCCACAAUGACUUCAACGAAACCACUUAGGUCUUCCAAACUGUCAAUCUUAAUGCUGUAAAUCUUGUUCUGUAAAGCACUCCAGAGGAAAAAAACACGUGAUCGUGCGGGACACUGAAUUGGCUUCUUCAUUUCUUGGUUCGUUUAUAACGAAUUCUCCCCGAAAUUGAUUUUCUUGGGACAAAUUGUUCCAGAGCUGAAUUUUCCAUUGCUGUGGAAUUAAAAAAGAUAGAUAAUAGUGUUAACCAAAGAAGUGAUGGCCUACACUUUCCGAAACAUCCUGUAUAUACAAUUUUAGCAUCCAUAUUUUAAAAUAAACAAUACACGUCAAUCAGUUUACUGGUAAUGAACGGAGAUAAGCGAGAUAAUAUCUCUCAGACUCAAUAAAAGCUCAGCGAAGUUCGACACAUCUGCUGUCAGAUUCGGUCCCCCAAAAGUGAAGAUGGCUGAAAUGAAAAAGUAUAAUUACAUGGAAAAUGUCCUCACCGAAAUUAACAGAAAUUUUAUAUCACUCGAUGACAACGAAGUGAAAAGAAAUAACAAAAUGUUAGAGUCCAUUUUGUCAAUAAUUACUGAUAAAAUGGAAGAAAAAGAUCCACUUUUCAAAGACAUGUUCAGGGGCGUUUUCUACGGUGGAAGCUAUUAUGACGGCUUGCGGGUUGGUAAACCCGAAGAGUUCGACUUGGAUUUGUUGCUAAGUUUGCCGAAGUACGCCCAACCCGAGAUUACGACAAGUAACAUGCCCGGAUUUGUCCACGUGCAGCUGAAAAAAUACGAUGCUUGGAUAAGGCAACCUGAAGCGAUGCCUACGUAUAGAAAUUUUGGCACGUUAUUUGACAAAGAUUAUUUUGCGGACACGCAAAAGGUGUUGGCUUGGAUGGAAGGAAUUGUUCAGAAAACACUAAACGAAUUUCCGAAAAAAGGAUCCAAAAGCGCCACCAAGGAUGGCAGUUUUGAGAUUAUCGUUCAAAAAAGUGGACCAGCCUUGACACUCAAAAUUUCUGGUUCUGGUAUUACCAUGGACGUUGAUCUCGUCCCAUGCUUCGUUUUUCGUGAAGACAAAUGGCCUAAAUCGGGAUUUAAACCCAAUCCUGUAAAAUCGAAACCUGAAUUUUUUAUUGUUCCGAAAAAACCUAAAACCACCAAUGAGACCCCAAGCAGAUACUGGAGACUGUCGUUUCAAGAACAGGAACGAGUUUUAAUAGACAACAAACGCACUCUUAAACCAACAAUUAAAUUGUUGAAAAAAUUAAGAGAUAAUUUGCAGCAUAAGUCUAUUGCAAGCUACUAUAUUAAAACUGUAGUUUUACAUAUUUCCGACACCAAGUCUGAUGACUUCUGGACAAACUCGUUGAGUUAUACUUUUAUGACAGUAUUAAAGGAAUAUAUAAAUUUUAUUAAAAAUGGAAAAAUUCCUUAUUAUUGGAAUACAAACAACAAUCUAAUAGGAGGGCUUAAUCCCAGUACCUUACAAAAUAUGGUUAAUAGACUUAACGCCAUGGUUACUGCCAUCGAGAAAAAACCAGAUGAUCCUUACACCAUCGCAAAGUAUUUACUGAACAACGAGGAGCAAACCAUUUUAGGUAUGGGCGGACUUGCACUAAAGUAAGUGUUUUUAUGGAUCGUUUGCUGUAUAUGCAAUAUGAAAAGUGGUGUAAAGCCAGUGUGGAACAAUGUACAAAUAUAUGUUUUAAAGUACAAGUAAAUUUUUAUUCAUUA